AUUGAAAUGUUAGCUUUCAUUUGUCCAAAUCUACUAAUGAGAACCUUAUUUCUGCCGAAUCCUCAUUACUACAGGGAAGGGACUUUCAUUCUGUGUCUGAAACAGAUUUAAGAAAUGCCUGAACUAUCCAAAGCUGCUAAGAAGCAUGCCAAGAAAACAGUGUCCAAAGCUCAAAGCAAGAGGUACAAGUGCAAAAGGAUGAGGAAGGAGACUUACUUCAUCUACGUGUACAAGGUGAUGAAGCAGGUUCACUCUGAUACCAGCAUCUCCUCCAAUGCCAUGAGCAUCAAGAGCUCAACGAUGAAUGAAAUUUUCGAGUUCAUCGUGGGUGAGGCUUCCCAUCUAACCUGCUACGACAAGCAAUUGACCAUCAGCUCCUGGGAGGUCCAGACUGCGGUAUGCCUGCUGCUACCCGGGGAGGUGGUCAAGUACACCAUGUCGGAAGGGACAAAAGCAGUGACCAAGUACACCAGUUCAAAGUGAAGCGGCUGAGUGCUGAGAAGACAAACCCAACAGCACUUUUAAGAGCCACUUACAGCUUAUGUGGAAAGAGUUGUACUCGUAAUUCGAUAUUGGAUCGCUACAAGCUUGUCUUGAAGGUUUUACUCUUGGAGGUAGAUGUUUAUGUUGAUGAAUCUUUCCAUUGCUUGGUACAAUCCUGU